AUGACAGACAUUUUCUCAUUAACCACGGACCUCUACCAAAACGACACUAUUAACGACACUUUAGACAUCAUAGACAUCACCCCCAACAGAACCAUGUCAGUAGAAAAAACCUGGCUCCACCCCUGGACAUUCCUGGUGGCCCUAAAAACCACCGUCAUGGCACUGAUAAUCAUAGCAGCCUUAUUCGGGAACCUCCUGGUCAUAGUUUCGGUCAUGAGGCAUAGAAAACUCAGAGUUAUCACAAAUUACUUCGUUGUGAGUCUAGCUCUGGCAGAUAUGCUCGUGGCUAUAUGGGCGAUGUGCUUCAAUUUUAGUGUUGAAGUUACCGGAGGAUACUGGAUCUUCGGAUACUUCAUGUGUGAUGUCUGGAAUUCUCUAGAUGUAUAUUUUUCAACAGCUUCGAUUCUACAUUUAUGCUGUAUAAGUGUUGAUCGAUAUUACGCUAUAGUCCAGCCUCUGGACUACCCACUGAUCAUGACAAAUGGCAGAUUGAUCGUUAUGCUGGCUAUAGUUUGGUGUAGUCCAGCCUUAAUGUCCUUUUUACCGAUUUUUAUGGGCUGGUACACAACGGUGGAGCACACGGCGUUCAGGAAAAAGAACCCGGACGUAUGUUUGUUCGUUGUGAACAGGACUUACUCGGUGAUAUCGUCCAGUGUGAGCUUCUGGGUGCCGGGAAUGGUGAUGAUACUGAUGUAUUACCGGAUUUAUGUGGAGGCAGAUAGACAAGAAAGAAUGUUGUACAGAAGUAAAGUGGCAGCAGCCCUACUCAACAAGCACCUCCAAAUCAACGGGAUAUCAGCAGGAUUGACCACAUUGAGGCAUUCCCUGGACGCAAGUCUGGAAGCAGAGAAGAACAACGCUUCAGCAUCCGAUCCAGGAACCAGCAGCAAGAUGAGAAGGGAGAGGAAAGCAGCCAGAACGCUGGGAAUCAUUGUUUCGGCGUUUUUGGCCUGCUGGCUCCCAUUUUUUCUAUGGUACGUGAUAUCAGCCAUCUGCGGCACUCAACUAUGCCACAGCCCCCCCUGGGUCGUCACCCUGGUCUUCUGGGUCGGAUACUUCAACUCGGCCCUUAAUCCGCUCAUCUACGCCUACUUCAACCGGGAAUUCAGGGUCGCGUUCAAGAAAACCCUCCAGGGCUGCUGCCAGAUGACGUCGAAGCUGCUGUGUCGCAGGUGGCGCAGGCGUAGGGAGCCCAUUUCGUACAGCAACGCCUCCAGCGAGAUCCACGGGAACCACCUGGGGAGGGAGGUUGGAUUUGGACCGGGUCCAAGGUGUAGCUAUAAUAUUUCGGAGGGUGAGAUUGUGAAUUUGCAGAGCGAGGCUGUCAUAUAA